AUGUCUAGAUUGUUCUACAUUACUCUGUUAUUAAUCGUUGUCACCGCUUCUGCGGCUCCGUUACGAUGUCGCAGGAAAAGCGACGAUCUCAUCAAACUGGCACCCACAGAGUUGACGUACAAGUGCCAGCCGUCUGUUUUUAAAUCCGAUGCUAAAGAAGUGGUCGUAGCCAUCAUUGAAACACCUCUGUCACAUAUUGAGGAAGACACCAAUGUUAAUGUAGAAGGCUCUGGUGAAGAUUAG